UUAAACAAUAAAAUACCCUCCAUAAAACUUUUCCUUUUUUGUUAUCCCGCGCAACUUCUUUGUCACUCUCUUUCCCGAUCAAAUUCCCCAAUCUAGGUUUCAAAUUAGAGUUUGUUUUGACUGAUUAUUGAAUAUUCCUUUCUUUUAGUUAACCCUAGGAAUAACAAUUGGGUGACCCGACCGGGAUUCUUUCAUGGGAGAUAAGAGUGGCGACGGCGGAGGAGCCGAUUGUGGUGGUGACCUCUCGAGAGUGGCUGCGCCGAAGGUUUUGAUGUCUGCUGACCGGAAAGCUUUCGAGGUUGAGCUCCGGCCUGGAGAGACCACGUUUGUUUCUUGGAGAAAGCUUGUUAAAGACGCCAACCGGGCUAAUGGAUCUUCCGCGGCUGCCAAUGCCGCUGCAUCUGUUUUGACUGCGCCUGCUCCUGAGCCUCCUCCUAAUGCUCACCCUAAUCUCCAGUCUCGCAUCGUUCCAGGACAAGCAGCUGAAAAAGACGCCAAAGAUGAAGCACCAGUUCCAAAUCGUUUCAGUGCUGUUAUUGAGAAGAUUGAACGUCUUUACAUGGGUAGAGAUAGCAGUGAUGAGGAAGAACUGGAUGAAACUCCGGAUGAUGAUCAGUAUGAUACAGAAGAUUCUUUUAUUGAUGAUGCCGAGCUGGAUGAGUAUUUUGAAGUCGAUAAUUCAGCCAUAAAACAUGAUGGGUUCUUUGUUAAUAGGGGAAAGUUGGAAAGAGUACAUGAGCCUCCUCCUAUACCUAAUCAACAGCCAAAGAAAAGGCGAAGGAAUGAUGCUUCAAAACCUCCUUGUGAGAAUGACGAUGGUCAUGUGUCAAAUAAACAUGCAAAGGCAGCAAGGGUGACUGCAGGGAGGUCUGAACCUUCUCUUGGGAAGAAUAAUUCUAAUUCUUCUCAGAAUUUGACUGCAUUAAGUGAACAGUAUGGGGAUGUAAAAUCUCAGAAUCAAAUUUCAGUUUCUGGUAUUCCUUCCAAGAAGAAAUCUUCCGAGGCGAGUGUAGCAUUGGAUUCUUCUGCAUAUUUGAAAGUUCCAAAUGGUGAUACUUCUGUACCCUUGGCAGAUGUGAAGGAUAUUGAAAAGUCAAAGAUGGGAUUUCUGCAGUCAAAAAAUGUUGUCAGUAACAAAUUGAAAAAUGCAACUGGUUCCUCUGAUGAUUUGCAUCAGAAAUACCAUGAUAAAAAUACUACACAAUCCAAAUCCCAACAUGGAAAACGAAUUGGCAAUGCUGAUGAGCUUAAACAAUCAUUUCGACCAAGAGAAAAGAACGGUGUCUGUGAACUGCCAGAUGCUAAUGUUUCUGAUGCUAAACAUGCUAUGAAGAUAGCUAAAUCUUCUCACAUGCCGAAGAAAGAUGGUUCUUCUCUUAGAGCCAAAAGUUCCAUGCUUGAAAAGGCCAUUCGGGAGCUAGAGAAGUUGGUUGCAGAGUCAAGGCCUCCUGCUGUAGAAAAUCAAGAGGCUGAUGCUUUAUCUCAGGGGAUUAAGAGGAGAUUACCUAGAGAAAUAAAACUCAAGCUUGCUAAAGUUGCUAGACUAGCACAGGCAAGCCAGGGGAAAGUUUCUAAGGAGUUACUAAGUCGACUCAUGAGCAUCCUUGGUCAUUUAAUACAACUAAGAACACUUAAGAGGAACCUCAAAGUCAUGAUUAGUAUGGGUGUCUCGGCAAAGCAAGAAAAAGACACUAGAUUUCAACAGAUAAAGAAGGAAGUCAUUGAGAUCAUAAAGACAAGAAUUCCUUCUGAGAUGAAGAUAUUGCCUGGAGCUUCUGAUGAUUUUCAAGAAAGAGGUUAUAAAAGGAAAUUUAGCAUGGAUGCAUCGUUGGAGAGCAAGAUUUGUGAGCUUUAUGACCUCUUUGUUGAUCAGGGAUUGGAUGAAGAUGCUGGUCCACAAAUCCGAAAGCUAUAUGUAGAGCUUGCUCAGCUGUGGCCACAUGGUAUGAUGGACAACCAUGAGAUCAAACGUGCAAUUUGUAGGGAAAAGGAAAGACGGAGAGCAAAGUAUACUAGACACAAGGAACAAGAGAAAGUGAAGAGGAAAAAUGUGUUGGCACCGGGAUUGGAGGAGAGUGUUCGAGUGGAGUCUGCAUCAGGUGCUCAGCCACAGCACAUGCGAGAGAGGUCUUCUUCUGAUUCUGCUACUCAUGCUUUACCUUCAACUAACAAGUCAACUUCAAGCACAACAGCAGCAGCUGUCCAGAAUCCUGGUCCCUCAACAAGUGGUUCCAGUUUUGAUAGACUAAAACAGGAGAAAUUAAGGGGCAUUUCAAACAAUGCCAUGGAUGAAAUAAAAGUGGCACAUAGCUCGCUACCAAAGAAAAAGGUAAAAAGGAAGCCUGAAUUGGAGUUGGAUGGAUCUCAUUUCCGUCCAGAGAAGUUACUCUGCAGCAGGGUGACGACAGGCGCAAGUCCAUGAAGCAGCCGGUGAAUCUUCCCCUGAAAUCGAGCCUUUCUCCAACUACUUUCGAACAGUCAAGCUAACAUCAUGUCCUCUACUUUGGGAAUAGCCAAAACUAUAAAAUCACCUCGUCCAUUUCGGGAUCUGAAGUUUCAGACAGUCAAGCUAUGACAUCACCUUGUCCAUUUCGGGGUCUGAAUUUCCAAGCAAUCAAGCUAGCAUCAUGCCGUCCAUUAGGAGUAGACACCGUUGAAGAAUGCCUGUGAUAUUUUCAUCUUUUGUCCGCGUGACCUGCUGAUUAUUUUGUCGCCUUUCAUGCCUGCUAAUACCGUUUUUGUAGUGGGUCUAUUUGUUUCACGUAAAACGUUUUUCGAAAAAUAUUCUCAUUUUUCAGUGUUUG